UUAAAAAUAAUAUUUGGAAAACAGAGGCUCUGCUCUCUCUCCCUAUCUCUGUAGUAUGUACCCUCGUUGCUCUCUAUAAGUACUCCCACAACCACGAACUCCAAAACAUCAUCUCAUAAACCAAAAACCACAUUAUCCGAGAUUUGAGUAUAUUUCAUUGCAACCUUCUUGUCAUUUUCUCUGUAACCAUGAGUCUUCUGACCGAUCUCGUUAACCUUGACCUCUCAGACAACACUGAGAAAAUCAUCGCUGAAUACAUAUGGGUUGGUGGUUCAGGAAUGGAUAUGAGAAGCAAAGCCAGGACUCUCCCUGGACCUGUGACCGAUCCAUCAAAGCUCCCAAAAUGGAAUUAUGAUGGUUCAAGCACUGGCCAAGCUCCUGGUGAAGACAGUGAAGUGAUCUUAUACCCUCAAGCGAUUUUCAAAGAUCCGUUCCGUAGAGGCAACAACAUUCUUGUCAUGUGUGAUACUUACACCCCUGCGGGUGAACCAAUCCCUACGAACAAGAGACAUGCUGCAGCUCAGAUCUUUAGCAACCCUGAUGUUGUUGCUGAAGUGCCAUGGUACGGAAUCGAACAAGAAUACACUCUGUUGCAGAAAGAUGUGAAUUGGCCUGUCGGAUGGCCCAUUGGUGGAUUCCCCGGCCCUCAGGGACCAUACUACUGCAGUGUUGGAGCUGACAAAUCUUUUGGAAGAGACAUUGUUGAUGCUCACUACAAGGCUUGUUUGUAUGCUGGAAUUAACAUCAGUGGAAUCAAUGGAGAAGUCAUGCCUGGUCAGUGGGAGUUCCAGGUCGGACCAUCGGUUGGUAUCUCAGCUGCUGAUGAAGUGUGGAUUGCUCGUUUUAUUUUGGAGAGGAUCACAGAGAUUGCUGGUGUGGUUGUAUCUUUUGACCCGAAACCAAUUCCGGGUGACUGGAACGGAGCUGGUGCUCACACCAAUUACAGUACUAAAUCGAUGAGGGAGGAAGGAGGAUACGAGAUAAUCAAGAAGGCAAUUGAUAAGCUCGGACUGAGACACAAGGAGCACAUUUCUGCUUACGGUGAAGGCAACGAGCGUCGUCUCACUGGACACCAUGAAACUGCUGAUAUCAACACUUUCAAAUGGGGUGUUGCAAACCGUGGAGCAUCAAUCCGUGUAGGACGUGACACGGAGAAGGAAGGGAAAGGAUACUUUGAGGAUAGGAGGCCAGCUUCCAACAUGGACCCUUACACUGUAACUUCCAUGAUUGCAGAGACUACACUUCUUUGGAAUCCUUGAAGAAAUAUGACAAUAAUAUAACUUGAAUCUGGUUUCAAGUUUGUGUUUCUACAGUUUAUUAAGCAAUUACCGGGUUGAUACUGCCGGAGUUUGUGGUUUGAGGCCUUUCUUUUAAUCUCUUUGUGUUUUGGGGUUUGUGAUUGGAGCAAAAACCCUGAUUUGCUCUGUUUCUUUGACCUUUUAUUUGAACCCUUUGUAUUUGAAUUAAUAAGACGAUCUGAAAAGGCCUUUUCAUGUUUCUA